AGUAGGGGCGGAAGCUGCCAUGGUCUUUCUCUCCCGGCACCGGAAGUUCUACUGUUCUCAGGAAAGAUGGCAGCUGUGACUGUGCGCUCUGUUCCUGCCGGCGGGUUUGAGUUUGGGAACUGCAGGAGAAAUGCUCUUCUGGAAAAGGAGUUUGUGCAGAAAGGACAUAAGCUUCCCGCAGCUCGCAAGACGGGAACAACAAUUGCUGGAAUUGUGUUCAAGGAUGGUGUUAUACUCGGUGCUGAUACAAGAGCCACUGAAGGGAUGAUUGUAGCUGACAAGAAUUGUUCCAAAAUCCAUUAUAUUUCACCAAAUGUCUAUUGCUGUGGUGCUGGAACAGCCGCCGACACAGAAAUGACAACCCAGAUAAUCUCUUCCAACAUGGAGCUGCACGCUCUAUCCACAGGACGAGUACCCAGAGUAGCAACUGCCAACCGUAUGCUGAAGCAGAUGCUGUUCAGAUACCAAGGUUAUAUUGGCGCUGCCCUUGUGCUAGGAGGUGUUGAUUGUACUGGCCCACAUCUAUACAGCAUUUAUCCUCAUGGAUCUACGGACAAGCUGCCAUACGUUACUAUGGGCUCCGGGUCCCUGGCUGCGAUGGCCGUGUUUGAGGACCGCUACACACCAGAUAUGGAGGAGGAAGCCGCCAAAGAGUUAGUACGAGAUGCUAUUGCUUCUGGGAUCUUUAAUGACUUAGGUUCGGGAAGCAACAUUGAUCUGUGUGUGAUCACAAAGAACAAAGUGGAUUACAUUCGUCCUUAUGAAUUGGCCAACAAAAAGGGAGUGAGGACCGGAAACUACAAGUACAAGAAAGGUACAACAGGCGUUCUAUUGGAAAAGAUUACCCAUUUCAACCUGGAUGUGUUGGAUGAAAAUGUGCAAACUAUGGAUAUUUCCUAAGGUCACACUCGUGCUGUGGUGUUGCCGCAUCUCUGUAUUUGUAGUAAAUAUCAACAUGUGUUAAGCUUUUAUCCUUGAUGAUUUAAUUACAAAAAGGAAUAAAAUAUGACUUGUCUUUUCACUUGAA